AUGUUCCCGUAUAAAACUCAAAUGACUCAUCAGCUGCUGCCUACUGACCACCGAGCUCGUCUAGAAUACAGCCAGCGCGUCAUAAACCUCAACCUUGAAGAGGAUGAUUUUUCUUCAAAAUUGGUUAUGAGUGACGAAGCGCAUUUCCAUCUCUCAGGGCAUGUCAAUAAGCAGAAUACUCGGUUCUGGGGCACUGAUAAUCCGCGCAUUAUUCAAGAAACACCUUUACACCCACUAAAAGUUACUGUAUGGUGUGGCAUCUGUGUUGACACAGUGAUCGGACCCUAUUCUUUCGAAGACCCAGUAUUUGACCCAUCCAGUAUAAGCGAGCCGAAACGCGACCGAUUAGUUCAGUUUUGA